CUGAGCGCGGGGAAAGGCGAGCGGCCGGCCUGCGCCUGGGCGGCCGCUGUGCACAAGGCGGCGCGGGCGGGAGAAGUGCCGGCGGCACAGCCCGCGCUCCCGCCGGGUCGGCUCCCGGGCGGUCCCGCAGGGCCGGAUGGGGCCGGGGACUGGCGGCUCCGCGGCCGCAAUGACCACCCUUCCAAGAUGGCGACUCCCGUAGAGACACUCCCGAGGGGACAGCCAUGUUAGUUGCCUGACCGAGUCACUAAAGAACAUUUGAAAGCCCGCCUCUCCACCUCCACGCACACGCGCUAACACAGCGCGAGGGCACCCUGUGGGGUGGCGGGCGGCCGGCCGCUCCCGAGCCGACACUGAGCAUGUGCGCGCUGAAGUCCAGACACGGAAGAGUCCCUCAGAGUAUCCAGCACAGAGAGCUGCCCCCUUGGUGCCCCCAGGAAGCAUUUUGUGGGGUGAAUGGUGACUGACCACGUGCACACUGGCUCUCCAGGGUUUCUUGGAGUCUCUGUGGAGCCCCUGGGCCAGACCCCGAAGCGGAGGCUGCAGGACCUACCUCCCGGCCCCAGCAGCCCUGAUUGAGUCCCCGGCUGCCCAGCUGGCUUCGAGCUCCUGGGAAGAGCAGAGUCAUCAGCAAGAGAGCCCGGAGCUGAGGCCCAGCGGAAACAUGCCAGCUAACGGGAGUUCUCCCCAGUGGUCCUCGGUCCUGGCUGCAGAGGGACGUGGCGGCUUGUGUGAGGUCUCCAUGUCAUUCGAGGAUGUGACUGUGGACUUCAGCAGGGAGGAGUGGCAGCACUUGGACCCUGCUCAGAGACGCCUUUACCGGGAUGUGACGCUGGAGAAUUACAGCCACUUGCGCUCAGUGGGGUACCAGGUUCCCAAACCAGAGGUCAUCUUCAAGUUGGAGCAAGGAGAGGGGCCAUGGACAUUGGAGGGGGAAACCCCACAUCAGGGCUGUUCAGACGAGGCUAUUGGGGAAAUGCAGCAACAGAGAAUUUCUGGAAAAGUUUCAUUCCACUGUGAGAAAUUUGGUCAGCCCAUAGGAAAAGAUCCAUUGUGUUCCAUUUUAGAAGAAUUGUGGCAAAAUAAUAGCCAGCUAGAGAGAUACCAAGAAAGCCAAAAUAACCCUUUAAGUCAUGUGAAAGUACUGAUUAAGGAGAGGGCCUAUGAAUGUAAAAAUACUGAAAAAAUAAUUCACGUGAGUACCAAGCUUGUUCCUUCAAUUAAAAGACUCCAUAACUAUGACACAUUUGGAAAGAGUUUGAAGCAUACUUUAAACUUACACAAUCAUAAUAAAAGCAAUGCAACAAAGAAGCUUGAUAAGAUUUUUGGAAAUGAUAAUAAUUUUGCCCAUAGCUCUUCCUCUACUGAGAAUGCAAAUACAGGAGCAAAUUCCUGUGAAAUUAAUCGAUGUGAAAAACAUCUUGGCAACAAACAAGUUCUCAUCCACCAUGAGAACAUUCAGACUGGGGAGCAACUUUAUGUAUGUACUGAGUGUGUAAAGAGCUUCCCCCAGAAGUCACAUCUCUUUGAGCAUCAGAGAAUUCAUGCUGAGGAAAAAUCCCAUGAAUGCCAUAAAAGUGACAAAGCCCUCAUUCCGAAGCCACAGAUUAAUGUACCUCAAAGUGUUUAUGCAGGAGAUAAACCCUAUAUAUGUACUCAGUGUGGGAAGGCCUUUACUCUCAAGUCAAACCUCAUUACACAUCAGAAAAUUCAUACCGGGCAGAAACCCUAUAAAUGCACUGAAUGUGGAAAAGCCUUUUUCCACAGAUCGUAUCUCUUUAGACAUAUGAGAAUUCAUACAGGAGAAAAACCAUAUGAAUGCAGUGAAUGUGGAAGAGGCUUCUCCCAGAAUUCAGACCUUACUAUACAUCAGAAAACUCAUACUGGAGAGAAACACUAUGCAUGCAGCGAAUGUGGGAAAGCCUUCACAAGAAAAUCAGCACUCAGAAUGCAUCAGAGAAUCCACACAGGAGAGAAACCCUAUGUAUGCACUGAAUGCGGGAAGGCCUUCAUCCAGAAAUCACAUUUCAAUACACAUCAGAGAAUCCAUACUGGCGAAAAGCCUUAUGAAUGCAGUGAGUGUGGAAAAUCAUUCACUAAGAAGUCACAACUCCAUGUACAUCAAAGAAUUCACACUGGAGAAAAACCCUAUAUAUGUACAGAAUGUGGAAAGGUCUUUACUCAUAGGACAAACCUCACUACACAUCAGAAAACUCAUACUGGAGAGAAACCCUAUAUGUGUGCUGAAUGUGGCAAGGCUUUCAGUGACCAGUCAAAUCUCAUUAAACACCAGAAAACUCACACUGGAGAGAAGCCUUAUAAGUGCAAUGGCUGUGGAAAAGCCUUCAUAUGGAAGUCACGCCUCAAAAUACAUCAGAAAUCUCAUAUUGGAGAGAGACACUAUGAAUGCAAUGAAUGUGGGAAAGCCUUUAUCCAGAAAUCGACAUUAAGUGUGCAUCAGAGGAUCCACACAGGAGAGAAACCCUACGUUUGUCCUGAAUGUGGGAAGGCCUUCAUCCAGAAGUCACAUUUCAUUGCACAUCAUAGAAUUCAUACUGGAGAGAAGCCUUAUGAAUGCAGUGACUGUGGGAAAUGCUUUACUAAGAAGUCGCAACUCCGUGUGCAUCAGAAGAUUCACACAGGAGAGAAACCCAAUAUAUGUGCUGAAUGUGGAAAGGCCUUCACUGACAGGUCAAAUCUUAUAACACACCAAAAAAUCCAUACUAGAGAGAAACCCUAUAAAUGCAGUGACUGUGGAAAAACCUUCACCUGGAAGUCCCGCCUCACUAUCCAUCAGAAAUCUCAUACUGGAGAAAGACACUACGAAUGCAGUAAAUGCGGGAAAGCCUUCAUCCAGAAAGCAACAUUAAGUAUGCAUCAGAUUAUUCAUACCGGAAAGAAACCCUAUGCUUGUACAGAAUGUCAGAAGGCCUUCACGGACAGAUCGAAUCUCAUUAAACACCAGAAAACACAUAGUGGAGAAAAAGUAUAAAGCCAUUGACUGAAAAAGCCUUCAGCGGGAACUCACAACUGGGGAUGCAUCAGACGUCUCAUAGUGGGGAAGAGGAGUGCCGGAUGCUGCGAUUGGGGUACAGGGGGAGAUGGGCAUGACAGACCACAGCUUAAGUAAGCAGAAGGCAAACAGAGCCAAGUAUCCUUCAGUCAAUUGGAAAUACAAGUAUCUGCACCACCACAGUUGACAUGCAGUUAUAUGCAUAGGGAGACACUUUGAUAAGGCAUUUGAGCGAUAGUCCUGUUUGGUUGCAUGAUUCACACAGAGACCCUCAAGCUCAUACAAAUGGUAGAAAGCAGACCCCAGGAGAUGGUAGAAAGACAGACCCCAGGAGAUGACUUGUAAUCUCUUAUGUUUCACUUUUUGGAUGAAGGACUUUAUAAAUUCAGCACUGAUUAGUUCUUCAUACCCUGGGAUUUAAAGUACUUAAUAUUGGCCACCUUUUUUUUUUUUUUUCCCGAAUUCCUAGGGUGGGGAGAAGCGUUUUCAUUGUCCAAACACCUACAGAGCACCAAAGUCAAGGCAAAAACUUAUUUGGGAAGGCAGAUCUGUGAGUAGAAGCCAGAAGUUUUUGUGAUCGUGGACAUUUAAGGCACAGAAAAAAUUGCCAUGGGGAACUGUUCUUUCUCUUCCCUUCACCAGAGUAUGUUUUUAAAAAACGAAAUAGAAUUUUUAAACCCAAAGUCUCACUUUAAGUUUAAAAUGACUUUAUGCAUUGGCAAAUUAGGCAUAGCUCUAGCCGAUGUUAACAGGAAUAUAGUUAUUAAACCUUACAGACAUCUAAAGUUGGCAACUGUUGUCUCAUUACUUCCGUGCUGUGACAGCAGGUGAUUCACAUCCCAAAAAGGUAUGCAUACUUUCUAACCUGUACCCCAAAAGCUAUCAUUUAUGUAAGCUGCAGACCAUAGACUUCUCAUCCCCCUAAAACAAUGGAACUGAGCCACAGGACACUGGACUUCCGGUCUCAUCUGCUGAAGCUUCUGCUUUCUUUGGGAUUCCUGUUUGAAAAGGAGUGGUUGAUAAAUUGGGUUUCAAUACAUAACAUUUUUAUUUUGUUUUUCUUUCAAUUUGGUAAGAUACAUUCAUUUUCUACACGCACACUAAGAGUACUUUUGUCUCAACUGCUAUGGGAUAAAAUCUUGUUGCACUGUAUUUGGUUAGUCUAAGAUAUGAUUAUAGUUGAAUAACUGGAAGUUAUAGUUGAAUAUACUGAUUAUAGUUGAAUAACUUCUCUAGAAAGAGCACUGCCUUUUUUUUAAAAAAAGCAUUGAUAUAUAGACACUUUCUCAUUUUCCCUUCAAUGUUUUUUUUUUUUAAGAUUUUAUUUAUUCAUUUGAGACACAGAGAUAGAGAGAGAGAGCAUGAGCAGGGACAGAGGCAGAGGGGGAGGGAGAAGCAGGCUCCCCACUGAGCCAGGAGCCCGAUAUGGGACUCGAUCCCAGGAUGCUGGGAUCAUGACCUGAGCUGAAGGCAGAUGCUUAACCAUCUGAGCCACCCAGGCGCCCCUCCCUUCAAUGUUUUUUAUGAUACUCAUAAGAAAAGGGGCUUUCUAGCAUGCAAUUUUACCUUAUUUUUAAACCUUUUUAUUAAUGUAUAAUGCAUACAGAAAAUGCAGAUAUCAUAAGCAAACAGCUCAAUGAACUCUUUCAAACUGAACAUACUCAGAUCAAGAAACACAACAUACCAAACACUCCAGAAGCGUUCCCUGUGCUCCCUUCCAGGCCUUGUCCCCUCAACCCCCAAGAUAAACACUAUCCUGACUUCUAACAGCAUAGAUUAGUUUUGUCUGUUUGGUAUUUUAUAUAAAUUGAGCCAAACAGUUAUAUUUCAUAUUUUAGAAUAUACUCUUUAGUGUCUAUCUUUCAUUCACAUUGUAAAUGUGAGGUUCAUCCAUUUUGUUGAAUACAGUUGUAGAUAAUUCAUUCUCAUGGUCGUGUUAUAUUCCACUGUGUGAAUAUACUACAAUAUGUUUAUUCCACUGUUGAUGGACAUUUGGGUUGUCUGUGGAUUCAGGCUAUUAGGAAUAGCUAUAAAUAUUUUAGAACCUAUUUAUUUUUUUUUAAAGAUUUUAUUUAUUUAUCUGAGAGAAUGGGAGACAGAGAGCAUGAGAGGGGAAGGGUCAGAGGGAGAAGCAGACCCCCCGCUGAGCAGGGAGCCCGAUGUGGGACUCGAUCCCGGGACUCCAGAAUCAUGACCUGAGCUGAAGGCAGUUGCUUAACCAACUGAGCCACCCAGGUGCCCUAGAACCUAUUUAUUAAUGAACACAUUUAUGAAUUUCUGUCAGGCAUAUUUCUAGGAUUUGAACUGCCAAGUCAUACAGUAUCGAUAUGCUCAGCUUUAGCUUAUAAAACUAGUUUUCCGAAGUGGCUCUACCAAUAUACACUCCCACCAGCACAGUGUAUGGGUUCUAGUUGCUCCAGAUUCUUGCCAGUACUUGGUAUUUUCCAUCUUUUGUUACUUUAGCUCAUAUAUAUAUACCUACAUAGGUAUAUAUAUAGAUAUAUCCAUAAUGGUUAGUAUAUAGUGAUAUCUCGGUGUGAUUUUAAUUUUUAUUUCUUGUCUUCCAAUUCUACCAUAGUAGCUCCCCAAGACAGUUAACUGAUAUCUGAGAUCUGAGACCCAGGGCAUGGUCCUCACAUGCCUGCACCAUUUAUAUUUCACCAACAAUAGUAAGCAAAGAGUAACUUUAAAUCUUCCCACACAAAAAAGCCUAAAGCCAGAUGGUUUAACUGGUUAGUUGCAUUAAACAUUUAUAGGGGAAAUAAUAUCGAAAUUCCAUACAAUCUUUCAAAAAAUAGAGGAAGAAGGAACACUCUCCAAGUCUGUGAAGCCGGUAUUACCCUGAUACUUAAGCCAUACCAACACAUAACAACAACAAAAAAACUACAGACCAGUAUUCCUCAUGAAUAUAGAGGUAAAAAUCCUCAACAAAAUAUCAGCAAAUUGAACCUAACACCAUAUAAAAGAAUUAUACAUCAUGACCAAGUGAGAUUUAUUCCAUGAUGCAAGGCUGUUUCAACAUUCAAAAAUCAGUCAAUGUAAUCAUAUUAAUAAGCAGAAGAAGAAAAGUCACGUGAUCUACGGAUUCAAUACAAUUUUAUCAAACUUCCAGCAGGCUUUCUUCCCCCAAAACUGAUAAACUAAUCUUCAAAAUAUAGAGAGAGUUAGAAAGGAUCAAGAAUAGCAUAAAGGGGGCUCCUGGGUGGCUCAGUCGGUUGAGCAUCUGCCUUCGGCUCAGGUCACGACCCCAGCGUCUUGGGAUCGAGCCCCACGUCGGGCUCCGUGCUCAGCUGGGAACCUGCUUCUCCCUCUCCCUCUGCCUGCCGCUCCCCCUGCUUGUGUUCGCUCUCUGUCAAAUAAAUAAAUAAAAUCUUUAAAAAAAAAAAAAAAAGAAUAGCAAAAAGGAACCUGCCAAAGAACAAAGAGGAAGGACAUUUGCCUACCAAUUUCAGAAUUAUUAUAAAGCUACAGUAAUUGAGAUAGUAUGGUACUGGCGUGGGGAUAGAUACAUAGAUCAACAGAACAGAACAGAGUCCAGUAAUAAACCCUCAUACUUCUGGUAAACAUUUUUUUUUUUUUUUUUUUCACAAAAGUGUGAAGGCAAUUCAAUGGGGAAAGAAAAAGCCUUUCAACAUUUGGUGGAGGGAUAAUUGGAUAUUCACAUGCAAAAAGAUAAAUUUAAAUCUUGCUUCACACCAUUCUAACAACUCAAAAUGGAUCAUAGACAUAAAUAUAAAAGCUAAAACCAUAAAAGUUUUAGCAGAAAACAGGAGAAACUCUGUGACCUUGUUUUAGGCAAGAAAUUCUUAGAAAGGACACCAAGAGCAUGAUCCAUAAGGAAAAAAAAUAAUAAACUGGACUUCAGCAAACCAAAAAGGUUUGUGCUUCCAAAGACACCACUGAGAAAAUGAAAAGACAAAACAGACUGGGAGAGGGUGCACCUGGGUGGCUCAGUCGUUAUGCGUCUGCCUUCAGCUCAGGUCAUGAUCCCAGGGUCCUGGGAUCGAGCCCCGCAUUGGGCUCUCUACUCAGCAGGAAGCCUGCUUCUCCCUCUCCCACUCCCCCUGCUUGUGUUCCCUCUCUCGCUGUCUCUCUGUCCAAAUAAAUAAAUAAAAUCUUAAAAAAAAAAAAAAAAACAGCCUGGGAGAAAACAUUUGUAAAUCCUAUGUCUGAUAAAGGACCUGUAUGCAGGAUAUAUAAACAACACUUACAACUCAAUAAAAAGAAGACAAACAACCCAUUUUAAAAAUGGACAAAAGACUUGAAGAGACAUUUCACCAAAGAAGAGAAUAGUGCAAGUAAGCACAUAAAGAGAUGCCAACAUUAUUAGUCAUUAGGGAAAUUCUAAUGAAAACCACAAUGAAAUACCACUUUACAUGCCACUAAAAUGGCUAUAACAAAAAAAGACAAUUGUAACAAAUAUUGGCAAAUACAUGGAGAAUUAGGAACUUUCAUACAUUUCUGGUGUAAAUGCAUUAAAGUGGUAUAGCCACUUUGGAAAAGUGGCAGUUUCCUUAAAAGUUCAUCAUAAAUUUAUCCUAAGACCCAGCGACGUCACUCCUGGUAUCCACCCAAAAGAUAGGUAAUGUGUUCACACAAACACUUGCACUUAUUUAUAGCAGCAUUAUUUAUACAAGGCAAAAAGUAGAGACGAUCCAAAUGUCCAUCAACUGGUAAAUGGAUACACAAAAACGUGGUGCAUUCAACAAUACAAACGAACAAACACUAAUAAAUACUACAACAUGAAGGAACCUCAAAAAUACUACACUAAGGGACACCUGGGUGGCUCAGUCUUUGGGCGCCUGCCUUCGGCUCAGGUCAUGAUCCCAGAGUCCUGGGAUCGAGCCCCGCGUCGGGCUCCCUGCUCAGCGGGAGGCCUGCUUCUCCCUCUCCCACUCCCCCUGCUUGUGUUCCCUCUCUGGCUGUGUCUCUCUCUGUCAAAUAAAUAAAAUCUAAAAAAAAAAAAAAAAAAA